UGUUCCUUAGCAGUGUGUGCCCCUGGUAGCCAGACUUCCUGCUUCUGAGACAUCCCAGGUUGCUACUUUGUAUCUGUUAAGCACUGUGUAUUCUGUUUCUCAAGGAAGAAGUCUCCUAUGAGGAAAGGGCCUGUGAAGGCGGGAGGUUUGCCACAGUAGAAGUGGUGGAUAAGCCUGUGGAUGAGGCCCUGCGGGAAGCAAUGCCCAAAGUCAUGAAGUAUGUGGGAGGUACCAAUGACAAGGGAAUUGGGAUGGGAAUGACAGUCCCUGUUUCCUUUGCCGUGUUCCCCAAUGAAGAUGGCUCCCUACAGAAGAAACUAAAAGUCUGGUUCCGGAUUCCGAACCAGUUUCAGAGCAACCCUCCAGUUCCCAGCGAUGAAGACAUUAAGAUUGAGGAGAGGGAAGGCAUCACUGUCUAUUCCAUGCAGUUCGGUGGUUAUGCCAAGGAAGCCGACUACGUAGCUCGUGCUGCCCAGCUGCGCACCGCCCUGGAGGGUACAGCCACCUACCGGAAUGACGUCUAUUUCUGCACUGGGUAUGACCCUCCCAUGAAGCCCUACGGGCGUCGCAAUGAGAUCUGGCUAAUGAAGACAUGAGUGACUCAGAGCCAAGAGCUCCUGGAAGUGUGUCUCUGUGGCCAUUGACUCGAAUUCCAACUGUAGUUCCAGCUACCCAGCUUGCCUUCCAAAGCCAGUCACUGCCAAUUUUUUGAAAUAAGCAUGUUACAGAUACUGAGAGCCUUUUUCUCAUGGUGGGAAAUCACACCCAAGCUAGGCAGUGGCCUUCUGAUUGAUUUAGGAAAUUCUGUGCUAGACCAUCAAAAACCCCAGCACCGUUUUCCCAGCUAUCUAGGUUACUAAAAACUGAUUUUUUUUUUUAUUAUUGAAUUUGUAGUUUUUUUAUUGAGAGAAAAAUGUGAUUUGUAUGUGAUUCUUACAAGUGCUUUGUCUAAAAAGAAGCUGAAAAUAAAGAUCUUUGACUUAAAAAGCUGAGACAAAUCUUAAGUAUAAUUAUAUCUAAGGUCCUACAGUCUUACAGAUGAUAUAGUUAUGAGUACUAUUGAUGGAGGGCGGGGGCAGUGGUGGUUCAGUGGUAGAAUUCUUGCCUUCGAUGUGGGAGACCUGGGUUCGAUUCCCAACCAACCAGUGACCCUCAUGCUAAGCUACCACUUGUCUAUCCGUGGAGGCUUGUGCGUUGCUAUGAUGCUGUACAUGUUUCAGCAGAGCUUCCAGACUAAGAUGGACCAGGAGGAAAGGCCUGAUGAUCUGCUUC